AUGUCUCCAUGCCAGCCUGCCCUGUGUAAUGUCUCCCUGUGCCAGCCUGCCCUGGGUAAUGUCUCCCUGUGCCAGCCUGCCCUGGGUAAUGUCUCCCUGUGCCAGCCUGCCCUGUGUAAUGUCUCCCUGUGCCAGCCUGCCCUGUGUAAUGUCUCCCUGUGCCAGCCUGCCCUGUGUAAUGUCUCCCUGUGCCAGCCUGCCCUGUGUAAUGUCUCCCUGUGCCAGCCUGCCCUGUGUAAUGUCUCCCUGUGCCAGCCUGCCCUGUGUAAUGUCUCCCUGUGCCAGCCUGCCCUGUGUAAUGUCUCCCUGUGCCAGCCUGCCCUGUGUAAUGUCUCCCUGUGCCAGCCUGCCCUGUGUAAUGUCUCCCUCCUGCCCUGUGUAAUGUCUCCAUGCCAGCCUGCCCUGUGUAAUGUCUCCCUGUGCCAGCCUGCCCUGUGUAUUGUCUCCCUGUGCCAGCCUGCCCUGUGUAUUGUCUCCCUGUGCCAGCCUGCCCUGUGUAAUGUCUCCCUGUGCCAGCCUGCCCUGUGUAAUGUCUCCCUGUGCCAGCCUGCCCUGUGUAAUGUCUCCAUGCCAGCCUGCCCUGUGUAA